AGUGCAGGCGGACAUGGCAAAAUCUGGGCAGUGAGUCUGUGCGCACAGCAGCAGCAGGAGACUUCCGAAUCGAAGGCGCACACUGCAGCUGUCGACCAUCCGCCAGAUUCUGCUGGCGGUCUGAUGCGGGUGGUGAAGGUACAAGUCUGUGACAUUCCACUGGAAUUCUAUUACAUGCGAGAGGUUCGUCGACGCCUGGCCUCGGCUUUCAACUGCGGCAAAAUCGCCUUUGAUGUUCGUCCCUCCAUCUGCCCGGUCCUGGCGGCCACUUGCAGUCCCUACGUCUACACCUCCCUCCUGAUACCCUACUACGCUGUUGGUCUCCUGGAUUGGAUAAACUACUCGGCAAAUGGAUACUGCGGACGACCUUCUACAGCUCCUGCGCGCAACCGGCACCCCCAGCGGCCGCCGUUGGUCCUAGAGAAGUUCGAAGAGGAGGCGCUCUCCGCGUAUUUGGCCUUUGAGCUGUUGUGGCUGGUGGAGGGUCUGCACAAGCAUGCCGGUAUCAUUCAUGGCGACAUCAAGCCGGACAACUUUAGAAUCUCCGGUCGGUUUCCG